AUGGCGGACUGCGUUUCACUGUUGGAUGAGGAGCUCUCUUCCUUUGUCUUCAAUUACCUGACAGAAAACUCCGCGAGCCAGUAUGGGGAAGAGGAGGUCUGCUCGGACCGCAUGGACACCGAUUUCCCCGACUUCGACCUCUCUCAGCUGGACACCAGCGACUUUGACUCAGUGAACUGCCUCAGCGAGCUACAAUGGUGCAACGACCACUCAUGCAACUCCCCCGCCUCCAUCCGCUACAGCGCGGUGGACGCCGAGCUCUUCGAGACCGAAGAGGAAAACGCAGCACUGCUUGCUGCUCUCACAGACAGCCUGGAUGGCAUUGCAGAGGAUGAGGCAGGAGGGCUGUCCGUGUUCCCCUCGCUGGGGGAAGACCCCGAUGAGGAGGAGGAGGAGGAUGAGGAAGAUGGCCUCCCACUGGACAGUGAGCCCUUUCCAGGCUCUUUGAGUCCAGAGGCAGAAGACCCGUCUCUAUUGAAAAAGCUCCUUUUGUCUCCUCCAAAUGUGCCCGUGGCUUUGGACUCGCACAGAGGCAGCAGCUCUCUCCGCAGGUCCCUGCAUCAAAAGCCCGCCCGGCUUCUGCCCAAGUGUGACAGGAUGUGUCUGGCGGAGAGGAAGCCGCGGGCAGUUAGGCCCGCCGGCCGUCUCUGCAUCGAACUUCACCGGCACCUCACCACCACUCAGCAGCCCGACGCCGAGGAGGAGCCUUCCGCCGACACAGAAGAGGAGGACGAGGAAGAGGAGGACGAGGAAGAGGACAGUGACUCGGAGGAGGAGGAGGAAGAGGAAGAGUCCUCGUCCAGCAGCGAGGUGGAGAGUUCCGCAUCCGCCGAGCCGGCCGAGCCCCAGUUCGCCUCUGAGAAAGAGCGCCACUCGGUGGUGGAGCUGAUCCGCUACAUGCACACGUACUGUCUGCCCAUGCGCAAGCAGGCCAGCUGGGACCGCAAGGAGCGCGAGGCCGCGGUGCGCAGGGGCCGAACCGACACCGCCCCGGCCCCCCGGGGCCCGCCCAACAGCUGCUCCAGGCCCUCCCCACAGAGCAACGCCCCCGCCCCCAACAGGCCCAGGGUCCCCUUCGCCCGGCAGCGGGAGAUCCGAGCCCACUCCCUACUCAGGGAGCUGCUGGAGGCCGUCACCGCCUUCGACGUGAGCAAGCCUUACAGACUGCACAGCCCCCCUUACGGGCCCGAGCAUGGCCCCUCCGCCCACCGGCCCAGAGCUGAGCCCAAGGACUCGGGCAGCGACGGCACGCAGGUUGCCGCCAAGCGACCCAAGGGCCCCGAGCCUGAGAGGGGCUCCUUCUCGGUGCGGCGCUCCCGGCGCCUGGCCUCCUUCCCUAGCCAUUUCGCCAAAAGACUGCGGCUCUGCAGCAGCGGGCUCUCCAGUGAGGAGGAGGGGGGCUUGGUCAAAGACCUUCCCGCAGACCCGCCCUCUGACGACAGCAGCCUGAAGGGCACUCCCCAGAAGAGCCCCAAGGGUCCCGAGCCCUGCUGCAACAACGAGAAACGCGCCUGCCUCUGUCUGCCGCUGACUCCCAAAUCAACAGGAGACACCCAGUAUGGCAGCAGACCCUUUGAGCAGACUCUCUGCGUGGAGCUGUGUGGCACAGCAGGUCUCACACCCCCCACCACGCCCCCCCACAAGCCUGUCGAGGAGGAGCCGUUCAAGCCCGAGGGCAAGGCCGAGCCGCCGGGCAGGGGCGCGUGCCCGGCGCGGGUGCACGCGCGGAAGCUCCCGGAGCAGACGGAACUGUACGCCCAGCUGCGCCGCACGGGCCACGCGGGCAACGGGCAGGCCAAGCGCGCCUACGGUGACCACGACUACUGCCUGCUGAGCCUGGGCGAGAACCGCAAGCGGUCUGCUGCAGGCCUCCCGUCGCCCAGCCGCCCUGCCGACACCCGGGAGACGGAGGAGGGCUCGGGCGAGAGGAGCGGACCAGAAGUCAGGCAGGAGGAGGCCGGGAGCCGGAGGGGGCAGCCGGAAGUCCCGGGGGCCGACUCACCCCCAGCCCCGCCCCUCGGUGACCCUGAGGAGACCGGGCAACCAUCGCCCGCCUACUCCCCCAGCCCUGAGGCAGACAUCGAGUCCCCGGAGUCCUGCCAGCCACCAUCCCCCUGCCACCAGAUCGCUCUCAGCUGUGAAAGUUCGGAGAUGCGCCAUCAGGACAAGUCAAAGAAUCGCACUAAGGACGACGUGGACAAGUGCCAAGUGUUCUACAUCCACAAUCUGCCGAGCAGCGUCACCCAGGCCAUGCUGCGCCGACGCUUCCAGGCCCUGGGCCGGCCCGAGGACUGCCAGGUGCUCGUCAAAGACGAGGAACGCUGUGGGGUCAUCACUUUGAGGCAGACUUCGAGCGAGCUGAAUGGCAGGCCCAGGCGGGACUCUGCGGGACAGCACGCAGGGAGCGGCACCCGGAGGCUGGGCAGGAAGCGCUACAUCGAUCUGGAUGAGGCCGGACCGGGCCCGGUGAAGAGCAAGUACGACGCUCUGGACUUCGAUACUCUCCUCAAGGAGGCUCAGAGGAGCCUGCACCGCUGACGUGUCUCAGAGCCAGUUCCUCGUGUUCCAAACCCCACCCCACCCCCCCCAUCCCCUUUAUGAAACCCCAGCUGAGACGCCGCCUCAUGUUUACAUUUUCGAACAUUGGAAUCGGAAACUUUUUUUUUUUUAAGGAAGGACUUACUGAGAACUGAAGGCACCUGGGGCGUGAGGGCGAACCCGAGGAACAGAACAGCGACUGAGAGACGCAAGGACGAUGAAACGCGCUCGUGCGUAUGUUUGCAAGGUGGCCGUCCCUGAUCCUGAGCGGCUGUAGCAAACCCUUUCUCUGUUUGGUCAUUGUGAUGUGUGUGUGUGUGCGCGCGUGUGUG